AUAUGAGUGCAGUGACUUAUGAGGACGUGCAUGUGAACUUCAGUGAGGAAGAGUGGGCUUUGCUGGAUCCUUCCCAGAAGAAGCUCUACAAAGAUGUCAUGCUGGAGACCUACAGGAACCUCAACUCAGACGGCAUGAAAGAAGUCAGAGUGCAGAGAAACCCUCUGAAUAUUCACAAUGUGGUAAAACCAUUGCUUUACAUGCUCACAGUCCUGCUCAAAGGCAUGAAAGUUUUCAUACAGAAAAGACACCUCAUGAAGUUUUUCAGUGUGUGGAAGCCUUUGCACCUUAUACAAGUCUCCAGAAGAGUAAAAUAA